AGAGAGAGAGAGAGAGGGAGAGGGAGAGUGUAUUUGUGUGGUACAAAAGAAUAAGAGAGAGAGAGAGAAUCAGCGCGUGAAAGUAAAAGAGUGCGUGAGAGAAGGAAAGAAAGAGAUAAACAAGCGGCAACAAGCAGAGCCAACGGCACGACAACAGCAAGAAGGAAAACAAGUCAAGAAUAAGAGGAAGAAGAAGAAGAAGAAGCCGAACGAAGUCGUGGGCGUGAGCGCGUGUAAAUAAGAGCUAUUUUUUCGUAUGAUAAAGAAAGAGGACGAGGUGGUAGGGCUUGCCGUUUCGAACGCGUGGAGAGGAAGAAGAGGAAGAAGAAGAAGAAGAAGAAGCCAAAGAGGAAUAGAAUACGUUCGAUGAUCCUUCAACGAAAUAUCUGAAGAAGAAAGAGGAGGUGGAGGAAGAAGAGGAAGAGGAAGAGGAAGAGGAGGAGCAGGAGAUAGAGAGAGAGAGAGAGAAAGAGAGAGAGAGAGAGAGAGAGAAAGAGAGAGAGAACCCUUCGAUCGAAGGGACACACACGAAUCGUUUGGAUAUUAUCCUCCGUUUCGAUGCUCUUCGAUUCGAGUAGUCCACGCUUCUUCCUCCUGGCGUGGAAUCUUUUCUUCUUUUAGAGAGGAAGCGAGAGAGAAGAGAAAAGAUAAAAGAAGAUAUAUAUAUAUACACACAUACACACACACACAUAUAUAUAUAUAUAUAGACAGAGAAGGAAAGAUCGGACGUAGCGAUUUUCCGCGAGACUCUUCCCUUCUCGCUGGUAGAUAGAAGGGAAAAGAAGAAGGAGAAGAAGAAGAAGAAGAAGAAAAAGAAGAGGAGUAGUAGUAGGUUGACGUACGGUGCUGUAGUAGUGCUGGUGGCUGUUGUGGUGAUUGUGUCUGGUGAGAGAAAGAUAGAGAAAAGAAAAAAAGGAGAAGGAGGGGGUGGAGGAGGAGGAGGGGGAGGAGGAGAGGAGAGCAGUCGAGCGGUAUCGAGAGGGCAGCCGUGCCCCAUGUUGUGAGCGUCUGAGGACUGCCGGGGGCAGAAGUGAAAGGGUGGGAAGGGUGCCGCGGGCAUGGAGUAUGGAGGCGGGGGCGGUGUGGGACGUGGGGGUGUCCAACCUCCCUCCGCAGGUGCGAGGGGCAUCGCAGGCACCGACACUAUCGACGCUGCGUGGCACAAACACGAACAAAUGAUCCUCAUGGAGUCCAGGCACAAGCAACAAUUGAGCGGGAGGACGGGGACCGGAGGGGCGCCCUUGUACGGGCGAUUGGUCGCCGAAGAGCCCAUGCCUCCAACGGUAUGCGGCGGUGGUGGUGGCGGAGGUGGUGGGGGUGCCGGUGGGGUUCCACAGGAGACCCCCGCGGACAUCCACGCCAUGCAGGCCAGGAUACCCCACAGAUUCCGCGAUCCAGCCACGGCACCCCUGCGGAAGCUCAGCGUCGAUCUUAUCAAAACCUACAAGCACAUCAACGAGGUUUAUUAUGCGAAGAAGAAGAGAAGAGCACAACAGAUGCAGGGAGAAGAUGGUUCGCAUAAAAAGGAAAGAAAGCUUUACAAUGACGGUUGGGACGACGACAACCACGAUUACAUUAUCAAGAAUGGGGAAAAGUUCCUCGAUCGAUACGAGAUCGAUUCGUUAAUAGGUAAAGGCAGUUUCGGCCAAGUAGUAAAAGCAUUCGACCACGAAGAGCAAACGCAAGUGGCAAUAAAAAUCAUCAAGAAUAAAAAACCUUUUCUAAAUCAAGCGCAAAUCGAAGUUAGGUUAUUGGAAAUGAUGAACAGGGCGGAUACAGACAACAAGUAUUAUAUAGUUAAACUGAAGAGGCAUUUUAUGUGGCGAAAUCACUUAUGUUUGGUAUUCGAAUUGCUAUCGUAUAAUCUCUAUGACCUACUUAGGAAUACAAAUUUUCGGGGUGUCUCGUUAAAUUUGACAAGAAAAUUUGCACAGCAACUGUGUACUGCCCUCUUGUUCCUGUCUACGCCGGAAUUGAACAUCAUUCACUGUGAUCUGAAACCCGAGAACAUUCUUUUGUGCAAUCCCAAACGAAGCGCGAUAAAGAUAGUCGACUUCGGCAGUUCGUGUCAACUUGGUCAGAGGAUAUAUCAGUAUAUCCAGUCCAGGUUUUACAGAUCUCCAGAAGUUCUGUUAGGAAUACCGUAUGACCUCGCGAUAGACAUGUGGAGUUUGGGAUGCAUUUUGGUAGAAAUGCAUACGGGAGAACCUUUGUUUAGUGGGGCCAAUGAGGUCGAUCAAAUGAACAAAAUUGUCGAAGUAUUAGGCAUGCCACCAAAACGUAUAUUGGACCAAGCGCAUAAAGCGCGGAAAUACUUUGACAAAGUCCCCACGGAUGGCUCGUACGUGCUGAAAAAGUCCAAAGACGGUAAAAAGUAUAAACCUCCUGGUACAAGGCGGUUACACGAAAUUUUGGGCGUUGAAAGUGGCGGUCCUGGUGGUAGAAGGAUAGGUGAACCUGGUCACUCCAUUUCCGACUACCUCAAAUUCAAGGACCUAAUUCUACGAAUGUUGGAUUUUGAUCCAAAGACGAGAGUUACGCCAUACUACGCGCUUCAGCACAAUUUCUUUAAGAGAACAGCCGAUGAGGGGACCAACACGAACAUUGCUGCUGCGAAUAGUGCAAAUACAAGUCCAGCAGUGGUGUCUAUGAGCCAGGAUCAUGGACUGGUAACCAUGUCAGGACAGGGCAGCAGCAGCAGCGGUAGUCUGAUGCAAGUGUCAAGCCUCCCUGGUAGCUAUCAACCCAUGGAAUGUGAGGCUUCACCUCGUCAUUCAAGUAGUCGGCGCGGCAUAACAACAGGCUAUCCAUCAACAUCAGCCACUGGGGUGUCUGCGUCCACUUCGAUGUCCAUGCAGCCCAUGGACAACUCGCUGAUACCAAGCUCUCUUGGAUCGUACAAUAGCCUAAUUCUACCUGGUAUACCCCAUCUGCCUGCGAUGAUGACCUCACCGAUGAUACAGCAGCAAAACUUCUAUAAUUACGGUUACUCGACGACCGAUACACAUGGGAUGGUUAGACAGCCGUCGACGGUAUCAACCGGUAAACAGAGAGAUCCGGAAAGGGAAGAUAGCCCUAUGGUUGGGGUGUGCGUCCAACAAAGUCCAGUCGCUAUCCAUUGAAUUAGAAAAGGAAAUAACGAAGGACAAUACAGAUGUUACGAUCGUGGGACCGUAGAAAACUAUUAAACGGUUACGAAUCGAGCUCGUGGCAUGUUUAGAGUAUUGUCGUGGCGUCAACGAAGAAGAGAAGAAAACUAGGAAAGGAAGCGUACAGCUUGAAGUCGUCCCCAAACAUUAGUUUAUCAAGUACCAAGACAAGUAGUGUAAUAUUAUUGAUCACUAUGACAGUGAACCCUAUAGCUUUUCGGAAUUGGUUUGACUGAUCGACGUAGAGAAGAAGAAAAAGAAGAAGAAGAAAAAUAAAAAGACGAUGACGAUGAAGAGGAAAUAGGACAAAAAGGAAACAAAAAAAAAAAAAAAAAAGAAGAAGAAGAAAUUACAUGGAAAAACGUAUAUUCCAAAGCAAAUCACAAACGAAGCCUUCGUCUCUGAACCAAGAGAUUAUAUACCAGAAUGGAGACGUACUUUAAGCGUGAUAACAUUUAAUGACGCCGUGAAGAUACUGAUAAGUAGGAAAAAGCUAAGAAAAGGAAAGAACGAGGGUAACCUCUUUUUCUGUUACUUUUUUUUACAUGCUGACUGGCCCUAUAUUGGGCAUGGAUAUAUAACUAGCACAGAAGAUUUAUGAAACUUUUCGAGCAUGGACAGACAGUUAUGGUCUAGUGAGGAUGAACCCAGCUGGCCUCGUGGGUCCUGCCCGAUUCUGUAGACACUUGAACAGUUUAGUCGAUACAACGUUAAGAAGGAGAAGCAGAAGAAAAAAAAAAAACAAACAAACAAACAAACAAAAACAAAAACUUUCGGCACCCAAACUGUGUGGCCUAGAGAGCGAAAAAGUGAUAAUUACUAUUAUUACCGCGUAAAAAGAAGGAAAAAGUAAGAAUUACCAAUUUAAGCAUGUACUCCAAUAGAGUUUUAUACACGAUGUCACGAAUGUAAACGGUUAGGAAAUAAUUGCGAGCAAACAAUGUGUCGAAUGCUAGUGUUAUUUGUACAAUACACUUAGGUGAAUGAUAAGAGUGCAGCUUUAGGGUUUAGCUUGUAAGUGUGAGAGAGGAGGAAACACAGACAUUGUAAACACAAUUCUUUUUAUUUACUUUGAUGAAAAAUGAGGAUAUUGCAAACGUCGGUUUGUUGCUGAAGAAGGACUUUAAACAAACUGGGUUUGCGCAGCUUAACAACAAUACAUAUUUAUACAUAAAAACAGUAAUAAGAAAGUUUAAAAAAGCAGUAUACACGUAAGAUCGAUCAAGAAUGGUAUAAUCAUACGAAAAAAACCUAGGUACUUUAUAAUAAACAAUACGCGCGUAUUCACAUACACAUGUUUCCAAUGCUAAUCGUCAUUGAUUUUUGCCGUUUGCUCUGAUGAUCAUUUAUUUCUUCGCAUGAUAUAGGUUUAAAUUCUUUUCAAGUUGUCAGCUUCACUUCUUUGUUUUCUUUCUUUAUUUCUUUUUUUUUUUUUUUUUUUUUUUUUUUACGUAGGAUUCCUUCCAAUCGAUUACUUUAUUCUAUUCUAAUUUCGUAUAAAGACUACGAAUGUUCAUAAUAUAUAUAUAUAUAUAUAUAUGUUUGUAUAUAUGUAUAUAUAUAUGAUGUAUAUAUAUAUAUAUAUGUAUGGUGCAAAAAAUGCGUUCAAUAUUUGAUUGAAAUUCUACUAAAUUUCAAUUGCCGCGAGUGUAUUUCCUGAAUACGCUACCAUUUGUAGGUGUAGUAUAGUACCUGAAGGCAGACUAAAUGCAAUUGAAGUAGUAAGUCUUUAUACAGCGCAGAUGUGACCGGCAACAAUAUAAAUUUUAAUAAUCAUCACUAACGUAAUAUUACAAAAGAAGGAGUCCUAGUGAAUUAUACAUGUUGCUUAUCAUCUUCGUUAAAUAGCAAGCAGUAAAAAUAUUUUUAUAUGGAAACAGUUCAAUUGUAUCAAUAUCUUCAUAAUCGUCUUUCAAUCGGUAGCCUACGAUGUAUUAUGAGAUAGAUAAAGAUGACAAUUUGUCUCUCUUCCAUUUUCUAUCGAUAUUAGACACAUAUAUACAAAUAUUACAUUUUGCUUUCAUUUGCGCGACGCAAAAUGUAAAUUAUACGAAGAAAAAGGAAACAAAUUUACUUCGAAUAUCGCAUUGUGUAAGAAUAAAAGCCACAUGUAUAAUUCAUUGAUCAACUUGGUCGAUAUCAUUGUACUUUCUUUUUUGUUUUUCUUUUCUUUCUUUCUUUCUUUCUUUCUUUUUUUUUUUUUUUUUUUUUAAAAAUUUCGUUGCGGUGUGUUAAUUUAUUGUUUUUCUUUUCUUGUAUAAAAUCUGCAAUAUCAAAUAGUAGUCUUAAAUAAUAUUUCCACUGUAUGAUUGUGACCGUUGACAAAAAAAGAGCUUGACCUAAAAAAGAUGAUAGAUAACUGGAAUUCCUAGCACUGCAUUUGAAAAGACAUAUAUCUUAUAGCCAAGUUCGAAUCCAAAAAUUCAUUUUGUAUUAGUUGUUAAUGUAUAUGAAACAUAAUACAGUCUUCAGUAGUUGAUAGAAAUGAUAUAUUUUAUCAGCUAUUCUGUCUGCUGCGAAUUAUUUUAAUCGUGCAGACUUUGAAAUGAUUUGUAUAUUUUUAUACAGCUGCAAUCAGAAAUUCUCAGAAGUACAUUUUUGACAUAAGCACAUUAGCAUUUUCAAGUUAAACUUGAAGGUUCACGUUCAUCGUACCCGCGCAUCGACUCUUAGUUAUUAAAGGAAUAAACAUUUUUAACGAUAGACACGUACAUAUAUAUUUAAGUCCUGCUUGUAAUUCUUGAAUUUCUACGAUUCCUUGGGUAUAUAUUAAACGCGAAAGUGAAAUGAGUCCGUGUCGUGAUUAGGGCGAUUUGAGAAACGAUUUGAAAACUAUUCGAUGACAUUACUAGAAGAGGAUACAACAUCGUAGCAGAAGGCGUAUCGAAGAUCUUAAAACGGUUAUAUUCUCGCACAAUACAUGCAGGACAUGACUAAGUGUGUCGUAUUUGAGCAUCGAUAACUUUUUAGUAACUUCAGCAGUACAAGCUGUAUACGUGGUGUUUGAUCUAUCAGAAGUAAAGAGAUUAGUCGCGAAACGUUGAGGAUUUUCUGUGACAAAUUCUAACGUUCUCCCGAUCUCACAAAACGGCAAAAAUCAGUACACACUAUAAAUAUAGAUAAUGUGUGAUUUCACACGUGCCCUCUUCCGAAUCCAUGUUGUUAGUCACUGUGCUCAUUAGUCUAACAAUGACAAUGAAGUUAUCGGUUCUGCAAUUUUUAACAAUUUCACUGCUGUAUCGUAUGUCUUUUAUCUUCGUAUACGGCCUUAGAAUCCCAACAAUUACAAUUCUUUCAUCGUUAUUCCCAAUGAUUUCGUCUCGCGAUGAAAUUAUUUACAAGUUUGCCGUUAGACGAUAGCGAUAAUGAUUUGUACUGGAUCGAGAUCUAAUAAUCAUUUACAAACUUUUAUAAAAAGAACGUCGUACACAUUAUUUUUAUGCAUUCACACAUUAUUUUUAUGUGCAUUUGAUUGAAUAAAGGUAAAA